AUGUCGUUCUCAGACUCCCACUUCCCCCCCGCUUCGAUCCCCCCGCGCGUCAGCUCCGCCGGCAUGGGCAGCCAUCCCUCUCGUCGCCACGCCCGCAAUCGCUCCAGCGUCGACGGCACCAAGUACAAAGAUGGCCUGUGGUCAGCCGAGAAUGAGAGGAUCCUGAUGGGACCAUACGACUACCUGUUGCAGCAUCCGGGAAAAGACAUCCGCCGGCAGCUGAUCAACGCCUUUGAUGCCUGGCUGCAGGUGCCGCCGGAUAGUCUCGCCAUCAUUAAUAAGGUGGUUGCGAUGCUGCACACCUCAUCUCUCCUCAUCGACGAUGUCGAAGACUCCUCCGCUCUCCGCCGCGGCAUCCCCGUCGCGCACAGCAUCUACGGCACCGCACAAACCAUCAACUCCGCCAACUACGUCUACUUUCUCGCGCUCCAGGAGCUGCAGAAGCUCAACAACCCCGCCGCCAUCGACAUCUACGUGAAGGAGUUGCUGAACCUGCACCGCGGCCAGGGCAUGGAGCUUUUCUGGCGCGACACCCUCACCUGCCCCACCGAAGACGAGUACCUGCAGAUGGUCGGCAACAAAACCGGCGGCCUGUUCCGCUUGGCGGUCAAGCUCAUGCAGGCCGAGAGCAAGACCGGCAAGGACUGCGUCAGCCUCGUCAACGUCCUGGGCCUCAUCUUCCAGAUCUGCGACGACUACCUCAACCUCGCCAACACCACCUACGCCGAGAGCAAGGGUUUCUGCGAGGACCUGACCGAGGGCAAGUUCUCCUUCCCCAUCAUCCACAGCAUCCAGUCCAACCCCCAGAACCACCAGCUGCUCAGCAUCCUCAAGCAGCGCACCACCGUCGAGGAGGUCAAGAUGUACGCCAUCAGCUACAUGGAGAGCACCGGCAGCUUCGUCUACACCCAGAACGUCGUCCGCGAGCUGCGCGACAAGGCCCUCAACCUCAUCGACGAGAUUGACAACAGUGGACAUGGCAAGCAGCCCGAGGGACAGAACGGCGCCAUGGUCCGCGCCAUUCUCGACAAAAUCACCGCUACCACCCUCAAGGAGUACACCGGUGCGGGGAAAUAG